CCUCGCGGGCAUCCGUAGCAUCACUUCCGGAAGACGGCGGGAAAGAUGGCAGCCGAGGCAAACGAGUCCAAGACGGUGUUGAAUAUGAGUCCUACAUCCAGAAAUGAGCCGCCCAGCCCAGGAGAAAUGGAGCAGCGACAGAGAGAGGCCAGCUCAAGUUCAUCUGAGAAUGGAGACAGUGAUGGUGAUGAACGCGGGAGGGUUGUUGCAGAUAGAGAUGAGGGUAUCACUGGUUCAGCUCAACCUGAGAGCUCUGGCAUCAGAGAUGGGAGUCCACGAGCAGGCAGUCCUGUGGCGAGGGCCAGCGGUUCAGACAGCGACAGCAGUGAAGACGACAGUGAUGAUGGUGUAGUGCACAAAAUAAAGAGUAGUGUCACACAUAUCAAGCGUGCCUCUGACGAUGAGAGCAAAAACAGACAAAGAAGCUCCUCACCUGAGAGGGAUGAAAAGAGGUCACAGUCAAGAUCUCGCUCUAGAUCCCGCUCUAGAUCGCGCUCCAGAUCUCGCUCUCCUCAAGAACGUUACGGAAGGGGUCGUAGAUCCAGGGAGCGUGAGCGUGAUCGAGAACGCUAUGGCGAUCGGGAUCGUUACGAGCGGCGCUCCAGCAGAGAGAGGGAUUGGGAACACAGGAGGAGGGGAAGGUCAGCCUCGCCAGACAAAAAUGAUAAAACUCCCACCGAGCAGCCUCCAGUGAAGAAGAGGAAGGAAGGACUGGACCCCAUCCUGACCCGCACCGGUGGGGCCUACAUCCCACCGGCCAAACUGCGUAUGAUGCAGGCUCAGAUCACUGACAAGAGCAGUUUGGAGUAUCAGAGGAUGAGCUGGGAAGCCCUGAAGAAGUCGAUCAAUGGUCUGAUCAACAAAGUGAACGUUUCCAACAUUGCCAACAUCAUUCAAGAGCUGCUGCAGGAGAAUAUUGUGAGGGGCAGGGGUCUUCUGGCCAGGUCUACACUUCAGGCCCAGGCUGCCUCUCCCAUUUUCACCCAUGUGUACUCUGCUGUGGUGGCCAUCAUCAACUCCAAGUUUCCUCAGAUCGGAGAACUUAUCCUCAAGAGACUUAUUCUCAAUUUCCGAAAAGGUUACAGGAGGAAUGAUAAACAACAAUGUCUGACAGCGUCCAAGUUCGUGGCUCAUCUCAUCAACCAGAAUGUGGCCCAUGAAGUCCUGUGUCUAGAGAUGUUAACCCUGCUGUUGGAAAGACCCACUGAUGACAGUGUGGAGGUUGCCAUCAGCUUUCUAAAAGAGUGUGGUCUCAAAUUGACAGAGGUCUCUCCCCGAGGCAUCAAUGCCAUCUUUGAACGUCUGAGGAACAUCUUGCAUGAGUCAGAGAUAGAUAAGCGUGUACAGUACAUGAUUGAGGUGAUGUUUGCCAUCAGGAAGGAUGGGUUUAAGGACCAUCCCAUCGUCCCAGAAGGGCUUGACCUAGUGGAGGAGGAGGACCAGUUCACACACAUGCUUCCUCUGGAGGACGAAUACAACACAGAGGACAUCUUAAAUGUCUUCAAGUUGGAUCCCAACUUCCUGGAGAACGAGGAGAAGUACAAAACAAUUAAACGGGAAAUUCUUGACGAAGGAAGCAGCGAUUCUGGCGAUGACGCUGGCGGCAGUGGAGAUGAAGACGAUGAGGAGGAAGAUGAAGAGGCGGCAGCUGCUGAAGAACAAGAAAAAGUCACCAUUUUCGACCAGACAGAGGUGAACUUGGUCGCGUUCCGUCGAACGAUUUACCUCGCCAUCCAGUCAAGCUUGGACUUCGAAGAAUGCGCCCACAAGUUGAUAAAAAUGGAUUUCCCCGAUAGCCAGACGAAAGAGCUGUGCAACAUGAUCCUGGACUGUUGUGCCCAGCAAAGAACAUACGAGAAGUUCUUCGGUCUCCUAGCUGGGAGGUUUUGCCUGUUGAAGAAAGAAUACAUGGAGAGUUUUGAGGCCAUCUUCCAGGAGCAGUAUGAAACCAUCCACCGGCUUGAAACCAACAAACUUCGCAAUGUUGCCCGAUUGUUUGCUCACCUCCUUUACACAGACUCUGUUCCAUGGAGCGUCCUUGAAUGCGUUAGAAUGAGCGAAGACACAACGACGUCCUCCAGUCGAAUCUUUGUGAAGAUUUUGUUCCAGGAACUUUGCGCUUACAUGGGUUUGCCAAGACUGAACGAGAGACUGAAGGACAUGACUCUUCAGCCUUUCUUCGAGGGUCUGUUCCCACGUGACAACCCGAGGAACACAAGAUUUGCCAUUAAUUUCUUCACAUCGAUCGGCCUUGGAGGACUGACGGAUGAGUUGAGAGAACAUCUGAAGAACGCUCCUAAGAUGAUCAUGACCCAGAAUCAGGAUGUGGAGUCAUCUGAUUCUGAUUCAUCUUCCUCUUCCUCUUCCUCUUCAGACUCCUCCUCAUCUUCAGAUUCCUCAUCUGACAGUGACAGCAGUAGCGACUCGGACUCGUCCAGCGGCUCGAACUCCUCCAGCGGUGACAGCUCUUCAGACUCUGACUCGAGGCGCAAGAAGGCUUCAGGUAAGAAAAAAGACAAGAAAAAGGACAAGAAGUCCAGCAAGGCAGCAAACCAGCGAUCUCCUCUGGAGGAGCGGCCCAGCAAGAAGCACGAGAACCGGCGGCAAGACGGCGACAAAGAGGACCGCCGUGGACCCGACAAACUCCAAAGAGAUUCUCGCCGCCGGGGACACGAGGACGAGUCGCCCCCUGCUCGACAACGAGGAGAACCGGAGCGUGGAAGAGGACAUAAAGAGCAGCAGCAUCCCAGACACGCUCAGGACUAUGAGGACAGACAGACGGAUUCACGCAGGCACAAGGACGAUGGCAAAAACGACCCCCGAGCGGACAAGGACAAAGGUAGACGGCAGAGCCGAGAGAGGGAGCCUCUGCGGCGGAGCCGGGACAGGUCAAAGUCACGAGAGAGGAGCCGCAAAGAGAUCCACUCCAGGGACUCGUACAGGAACGGCUUGGAGAGGGCUGACAAAGAGAACAGGCAUUCUGACAGGAGGAAAGACGAGAGGAGCAGGGAUGGCUCGCCGAGGAGACGCAGAUAGGAAGGAAGACGCAAUCAAAUUAUGGUGUUCAAUGUACUUUCACCUGUGUGCUUUUGCUUAGCCUUUAUGUUAUACAGUAAAGCAUAGCGUUUUUGAGCUGUCAUUUGAAAGGACUCAUGGGGAAAUGGACCGUACACACUCUGAUGGUGUGUAAGGUGUUCCUGAAACAAUUAGCGGUUAAACAGGGCUGUUCAAAACUAUUUUGUAUUUUGUGUAACCUUUACCCAAUUGUAUUUUUGAUGUUGCUUUGGAAGUAAAUGGGGGGAAAAUCAAGAUUAAAGAUAACAUUUGUUAUAAAUUUCAAA